GCCCGGCACUCCAGUCAUCCAGAUGUUGCGUUUGGGGCACCGACCAAAGUCGGAAGUUGAACGUUUUCCACUCACAAGUUCGCUUCUUUUAUUCGAGCAGCGUGGUGGAAGCUGCCAGGCAACACUGGUGGAACACUUUACCACUUUUACACUACUUUGGCAAGAGAACUUUUAAGCUUUGAACAUUUUAAGGGAAAUGUUUCCGUGUGGCUUGGAGUAAGUCUGUAAACGGACUGUUCAACAACACGGUGAAUUGACUGUGUGCGAGUGGCUUAUUUAUAUUAUUAUUGUUAUUAUUAUUGUUGUUGUUGUUUUGACAACAGUAUGGCUUUUACGCACAUGCUGCUGUGUGCGGGGAUGUUGACACUGCGUCUGUGCGGAGCAUACUACAGCGGACCUCUUCAGCCAGAGAUGUCUAAUGGCACUUUUCACCAUUACUUUGUGCCGGACGGCGACUACGAGGAAAACGACGACCCGGAGAAAUGCCAACUGCUUUUCCGAAUGACCGACGAACGAAAGUGUGGUCCCGACGAGGACCAGGACUCGGUCAUCCGGGACGAUUUCACCAUCAUCAAGCGGCAGAUUGAGGACUCCGCCCGGGUCCUGGAGGGGCUCGGCUUGAGUAUCUCGUACGACCUGGACGGAGAGGACAGCUACGGAAAGUAUCUGCGGAAAGAGACCGCGCAGAUAAGCGACGCGUUCGCGAACUCCGAGAAGUCCCUGCUCGAGUUGGAGGUGAAGUUCAAGCAGAGCCAGGAGAGCGAGUUGAAGGAAGAGCAUCGGCUCAGCGACGACUUCCUCAACAUGAUCCUGAGCACUCGAGACGCCCUGAAGGAGACUCUGGACAUUUCUCUGGGCCUGAGGGACAAACACGAGCUGCUCUCGCUCAUCAUCCGCAGCCACGGCACACGGCUCAGUAGACUGAAGAGUGAAUACAUCAAGUACUGAUGGAAUGUUGCCCCUGCCGCACUUUGGAUUUCUGUUCUGUGCCCUUUUCAUGUCGGAGCGUGACCUCGAGGCGGGCCACAACAUAUUGACCGCACGCACAAGCCAGUAUACUGGCAUACAGUAUAUGCAUAAUUCUGCCUUUACUAAGAUCAUGUGCGCUUUUGAUUGAUUAUUAUUGUGUUAGCAAAUUGCAGCGGUAAAACCUGUACUGCAUCAUACUGGAACUUGUGUCGAAUAUUUUGAAGGUCAAUCUAGUCUUUCAUAGUCGGAAUAGCUCUCAGUGUGCAGUGGCACACCACAGUAAUAAACAGCAUAAAAUUAGCGCUCUGAACAUUGCAAUCAAAAAAUGAGUGUUAAUAUCUUUCUACAUACCAGUGGAUGCUGGCUGUUGUGAAUUUAAAACACCUCUAAUAUUGGGAACAGGCAGUGGAGGAAGUUACAUUACCUUGUACAGUUUUUCCCCAUUCAAUAACAAGUUCAGUCCCUGAUCUUGCAGUUGUAUUCCAUGAGUUUGUCAGCUGUAUUUGUCAGGUUUGACCUAGAAAAAGCAUACACUGGUUAUAGUGUACUAUUCGAAAAAUAAGCUAUCCAGUGGGUCACGUUUAGUCUAAAUUAUGAUACGUACUGUCCACACACACACACACGCACACACACGCAAACCACAAAGUAUUGUGACCGUUAUGAUAAUAAAGCCAAAACAUUUUGUAUAACUGAAGAUCUGCUUCCACCUGCUUUUUAUUAUGUCCAAGGAUAUAAAGCAGCUACUACGUUCAUAUUCUAUACUCGUACAAUACAUGAAAUAGUACACAUUUGUUUGAACCAAUGAAAACAUAAAUUUUAUUUAGGGUUCAUAAAAGAUAAACAAUUACUAUAAAACUAUGAGGUUGUCAAAGAUUAUCAUCUGUCAUGGAAAGUGUGGUCUAUUUGACCACAACUAUGUACAGUACUGUACCCAGGGGCACCAUGAGCAGUGGAGGGUCGGAUGUGGAGAAAGUGAUGACGAUUCCAUGCACCCAUGACUGACAGGGGCCAAGGAAAAUGUAAAUUUGAAAGUGCAAUUAUUUUUUGGGGUGGGUGGGCCCAAAUCGGGUGGGUGCCCCCACCCCCAAAUCCCUGGUGGCACCCCAGAUAACAAAAGUAAGAGCAUGACCACAGAGCAUCCCAAGUACCCCGUUUGCAAAACAUGUGCUCAGCUCUGUGAUCCUUGAACAGACUCAAUGGAGGAUCUCAUUUACAGGAAGAUGAGGUAAACAAAUGGAAAGAAAAAUCCAAACCACAAUAAUUAUUUACUGACAUUCGGAAUGAAUGUUUCCAAUGUAUGAAGGGAUGUUUACACCAAUGAUUUGCAUAACAGGCCAGUAGACAUUGCACAGUUCCUUCCUAUUCUGUUGCUAAAUAUUUAGCUCAAAAUGGAAGGAGGCAAUAUACAGGAGGCAAUAUACAAAUCUACAGUAUUUUUUUAAGAUUUGUACUAAAUAUUUUGCGUGCCAGUGUCGAUCUUACAACAUUUAUAUCAUGUACUCUUUAUUCGUGUUGAGUUUGAACUAGAGCCGCAUAUAUGUAUUGUAAUAUAUAAUUUACGUGUGAGAUGUCAUACUGAUAUAUAAUAUAGAUUAAGACUGCAGGCAGCACUCGAGGAUUUCAAUGUCAAACACCAAUUUGUGUGACAACAUUAUCAGGUUGUGUUGUGUUUUCUCAAAUAAAGAGUUUGUGUUUUAA